AUGGCUGAGAGGCCGGGGAGCAACGGGGCAGCACUGCUGCCCGUCUGGUCCUUGCCCGGUCCCCGCGGCCGCUCCCAAAGCGACAUCUCCUCCUUCUCCUCCUCCCGGAGAACCUGUCUGCUGCGGUCCAUCGUGGGCGGCUCAGUUGAUGGUUUGGACAAGGCUUCAAUUGCUAACUCAGAAGGACCAGCCCCAGGAUCCCAAACUCCCCCCUUCAAGAGGAAGGGCAAACUCUCCAACAUUGGCAAAAUCUUUAAACCUUGGAAAUGGCGGAAGAAGAAGACAAGUGACAAAUUCAGAGAAACAUCAGCAGUGUUGGAAAGGAAGAUUUCGACAAGACAAAGCAGAGAGGAGCUGAUAAGAAGGGGAGUGCUGAAGGAAAUGCCUGAGCAAGAUGGUGAUGUAACAGUAAAUUUUGAAACUUCAAAUGGACACACCAUAGCCAUUGGUGAAGAAACCAUACAGGAAGAAAAUGUGGUAAAAGCUAGUGGAAAUAAUGGCACUUUAUCAGAGAAAACAACAUCAUCGGAAGGAAAAAAAGAUCAAAAAGAGAGCACUACUGGUCACUGCCCAGAAAUACCAACAUCCCAUGCUCCACCACUACCCAAGCCUAAGCCUAAAUCUAAAAAAGCUCUACUGCCACCAAAAAAUGCCAUUGCUGCUUCCACAACCACCAGCCAUAAGGGUAAUGAAGCACCUCAUGCAAAAAAAAAGGGAAAGGGUCCUGCUAAGCAGCCUCCUCUCCCACCGCCCAAGCCAACAGGUCACAGGGCAAAUCAAGAAGCUGCUGGUUCCUCUCAUGCAAGAAAACCACCAGACUCCAAGUCUUCUUCAUCACCAUCUCCUUUGUCCACAUCAUCUCACCCCAAAGCCUCUAAGGAGACUUCCAGCAAAUUGGGCACAUCAGGGACUCCCAGGGGCAAGAAAAAACCUGGGAAACAGUCAACCCCACGAACAGCACCAGAUGGGGCUGCUUCUUCCCCCUCAGGUGCCACAGACAACAGUUUGGAAGUGAAGACAGAAAAAAACAAGGCUGAGCAACCUUCCAUAGUAACUUUUGAAAUGGAGGACACAGACCAAUCAAGCAAGCUUGUUGUCCCCCCUCCUCCCACCGCUGCCCCUCCUCCACCUCCACUUCCACCUCCUUUCCCUGCUGCAGCUGGUCAGCCUGCUGUCUCCUCAGAUGCCCAGGAUGUGUCAGACAGCUGUGUGGCAGGGCCAUGCAGCCCUGGAUCAGAUACUAAAACUCUUCUCCAGACUGAGCAUGGCACAGAUGAGAGUCUGAGCAGUACGGCCCUAGGCAGAGGUCCAGAUGCUAGUGGAGAAGACACAGAAAGCUUGGCUAUGAAAGGAGACCAAGAAGUGGAGGUUUCAGACCAGGCACACUCUGAACCAGUGGAGGAGGCUGCUGACACUGGUGCCCCUCAUGAGAGUGAAAGUAGCAGAGAGAGCCAUGGCAGUGACUCAGACUCAGAUGGGCCGAUACUGUACACAGACGAUGAUGAUGACGAUGAUGAUGAGAAUGCAAGCGCUGAAAGCUCUUUGGCAAGUAAAAUCCGUCGUAGGGAUACUCUUGCUAUCAAACUUGGCAACAGACCAUCUAAGAAAGAAUUAGAGGACAAAAACAUCUUGCAGCGUACAUCUGAAGAGGAAAGGCAGGAAAUCAGACAUCAGAUUGGAACGAAGCUAGUGAGGAGACUUAGCCAGAGGCCUACAACUGAAGAGCUAGAGCAAAGAAAUAUCCUGAAGCAGAAGAAUGAAGAAGAGGAACAGGAAGCCAAAAGAGAAAUAAAACGUAGACUCAGUAGAAAGCUCAGUCUGAGGCCUACAGUGGCUGAACUUCAAGCAAGAAGAAUCCUUCGAUUUAACGAGUAUGUGGAAGUCACGGAUUCUCCGGAUUAUGACCGUCGUGCUGACAAACCUUGGGCCAGGCUAACUCCUGCAGACAAGGCAGCAAUACGGAAAGAACUGAAUGAAUUUAAAAGCACAGAAAUGGAAGUACACGAGGAAAGUCGGCAAUUUACCAGGUUUCAUCGUCCAUAACAGUUUGACCACAUCCCAUAUUUCAUGUAACAGUUUUCUUUUGGGAAAUCAUUGCAUCCUGAAGACCUGAGAUUGCACUGGAACUUAAGUAUGAGUGUGUGCUACAGUUUACCCUCACGUUAAUGAAGAAAGUGGCCCUCGUCUUUAUCAAUGGACAAAUGAUUUGUCUAGGAGGAGAACUCACGUGAAGCAUUUGUCCGUGUUCAGACAGACCACAGUCUGUGGCUACCCCACACAGACAAGUUGGUGGACUUCUUCAUCAGAGCUCCACAAGUCAGGAAGUGCUGAAGACAAUCGCUUGAGAGCCUGGCUACCAGGAACUCAUCAGAUUUCAUAGGGUUGUGACUGAGGGUAACUGCGAGGGAGGGGUUGUGUGAGAAGGACUGAGAGCUGGGGGAAGAGAGUCUUCGCUUGUCAGUCCACAGAGAAAAGUGGAAUGGAUGGAACUGCCUAAUGAUGCACAGUGGGAAGAAUUAUUUAAAGGAAAAAAAAAAAGAGACUCUUGCAUUGCUUUGAGGAAGAACUCCCAGAUGAUCAGUAUGUCUUCAGCCAGUGGUCCUGUAAAAGUGAAGGAAAAUCCUUGGAGUGUCUGCAGCCUGCUUUUGUUCAGUGUGAAGAAUGCUUCUUAGAUUUGUAAUUUUUUAUACUAUCUUGAAAUAGUAUAUGUGAAUACAGUACUAUUAAAAUUAAGUGGUAUGGAGUGUGAAAGGCAAUACAUGAUUUUUCUAAGUUGGCCCAAAGGCCCAUUAAAAAGCCCAUGGCAUUGUUUACACUAAGAAAUUUUCUGUCUUAUAUUAGCACUUAUUUAUCCUUUGAUUAAUGUACACAACAUUUGGGGGGUGGGUCUGGAAUUCACAUAUGCAUACUUUUAAUGCAGUAUUACAGUAUAUUUGCUAUUUAUCCUUUCUAAUGUGUGUACAUAUUACAAUUUAUUUUUGUCUUUUAUGUGCCCUGUUCAGUUUUUAAUUAUGAAGUGUAAGUAUUUCCUUUUCUGGCAAUAAAAGAUCUGUGUAGAUGUGAUUUUUACCUCAGUAAAUCUGCAAUAGAUUCUUGUGGAAUGUUUUUAGUUUAUAAAAUUGAAGGUUGUUGUUUUAGAUGUCAGCCUAAAGGCAGAAAGGCAAUUUGGUGGCUAAAAUUAGAUAUCGCUCUUCAGUGCUAUUUACAACAAGACCAGGUUUGCAUAAAUGGGGUGGAUUAUUUUAGCAAAGAGCACUUCUAAUAACAGGAGAGUGCAUUCCAACAGCCGUCACUCUAUUAUUUUUAAAGAGAUUGGUAAACCAUUUUUAAAGAAGAUUUUUAUGACGUUAGGAUCCCUUACAUUUUAGUAAAAAAUCUAAUGAGGUACAAGGCCCAAAAUAUCAAUAACAAAAUAAAAUAACCAUCUACAUGCUUGUAGCAAAGAAAAGCAAGCAGCACCUUCCUUUUUUAAUGGAAUCAAUAAGAGCCAUUAGGAUUCCAUCUGCAGAAAACAGUUUAGCUUCUGGGAGGCCCAUCAUUUUAAAAAUAUAGAAACACUACUUUGACAUCAAGGAAGCAGUGAAAAUGUAUUCUUUGGCACUAAAUCAUGUAGGAAUUAUCAAGCCAUUAGAGUUAAGGUUUGUCAGCAAUUCUGGUACAAUGCUAAUUUUUAUUUUUAGAAUUUGAUGAGUAAACUUAAAACUUAUACUAGAAGAGUUCUGCUUAAACUUUUUUUUUUUGCUGAUGUUGCCAAAUUUAGAAAUGUGUGUCCAAAAUCAUAUAAAGGUCUACUAUGUUGACUUUGAAGUAUAAAACACAGUAUUUCACUUCAAAGGAAACAAGUGAAGCAAUUAAAUAGACCUCAGUGUUGCCUUAAUCCCAUCAAAACACUUGAAAGCAGCCAAGAUACUAAAGGCAGAAGGAUAGCUGUUGCACAGGCAGAAUAACUUGGACAAAGAUAAGGUAAGACUAUAUAUACUUUAUAUAAGACAGUAGCUCCUCUCACGUGCCAGGGUACAUAUGGGUUACACAAGCAAAGUAAAACUUGUUAAACUCUUAGGAUGAAGUUAAAUACUUGACUUUGCAAGAACACAUUCCUCUAUUCUAGGCCUGGAGCAUGGAUGGAAAGUUAUGUGCUGCCUUUUCAUUUUAAUAGUUAAAAUGCAAAGGUGAGGAUACAAGUUCUAGCUCAGACUUCUUCAAGCUGCAAUAUGUCAUAAGAAAUGAGGAUACUUAGGUGAGGUGUCAUUUAGGCUUUUCCUAUCCUCCUUCUGGGGUUGGAGGUUUUUUUAAAGUAUUCACUACAAACCAUUGUUAGAGGCAGAACACUAGCCUCGAUGGAGAUGCUGAGUUAAUUUUUAAUUUCUUUUUUAUUUUUUAUGAUAAUCAGAUGCAUUCUUUGACCCACAAUUCAGCAAACUAAUUAAGCAAAUUUAUGUAACUGGACAAAGGCUUUAUUGAAACUUAUGUAAAAAUGUAGUAUGCUUGCAGAAUUAGAACUAUAAACUAUCCAUUUUGUAUUAUACCCACACACAGACAUAGAAUUGUAUAUACUAUUUUUAUAUUCUAAAGAUCAACGGGCAGAAAAACAACAGCUGGAAAGUGUUAUCCAUGCAAUGAAAAAUAAUGAGAAUUUGGUAUGUCACUAUGCGAAGUGAAGCAAGUUUGCUUUACCUUAUUGAGCUGCCUGAAGUCUGUUUCUGCUGCUUCUCCUAACCCUCUGUAUCGAUGAUUUGAAAUGUCUUCAAGUUGCAUCAACAGCCCAUGGGAAAUAAUAUGCUGUAUACUUGUCUAUGGGGCCGCGUGCCUGUUAGAAGAUAAAAAUCAGGAUAAGUCCUGAGAAAUUAAUAAGUGAGUAAUCCUUGAGGAAAAAAAUAAAAAUAUGCUGAAAAGGCAAAACAAAAGUAACACUUUCCAUGUGACACAUAGUACAGUCCAGCUGGCUAAUAGGGUAUUAAUAGUAUAUUAAUUUUUAUCAAACUGGACAAAUAAUUUAAAUGUCAUCCACAACAUAUGACAAACCUUACACAUAUUAUACCUAAUGUUCCACAGAGUCAUAUAUGAACUCAGAUGUCUACAGGCAUACAAAGAGAAAAUUAGUAGCUUGAAGUAGUGGUUUCUGAAAUUACCUCAUAUAUCAUGUUUAUCAGUAGAAUCAUGCAUCAUACCAUGUUGCUGUGGGUGCAAAAGAAUGGAUGCUUAAUCAAAUCCUAAUUUCUUCUUCACAUAAAAAAUGUAAAUGAUUUUACAAUGUCUCUUGUCUCUCUCAGGUAAUACAUAUUAGUCUUUUUAGCUGAAAUACAUUCUAUAUGAAUUUUCUCAAAUUGUAAUAUAUAUGUUGACUCAACAAGUACAAAAAAAAAAAAAUUAAACUAAAUGCUAAUGAUUACUUAAGCUAAAUACCAUUUCAGCUGGUGAUUUGAAACAUGUUAGGACCAGGAGCACCAUCUCUUCAAAAUCACUGAAAGUGUUCACAGCCAUUUGUAGGUCUACAAGACUGCAUUUAUUUGUUGAGUUUAUCAUUUACCUACAGUUGUCCAUGUCCCUUGCUGUGGUGGCCUUUCCUGACCUCUGAUGUGGUGUGGGGCAGGGCAUACCCACCACCUGCUCUGGCCACACUAAGUACCUCUUAGAGAAGCACCAUAGCCUCAGUGUUGAUAUGUAAAAACCUUAUCAGGUGACCACUUCUUAUUUUUUAACUUGAAAAUGAAAUGAAAGCUGUGAAACAAAGGCAUUAAAGCACCCUUGAUAUUAAGAAAUUAGACCAUUAGACCACUCCUUCCAGGUGAGAUUAGUGCUUUGUUUCCUGUAGAAAUGCUUCAAACUCAGAGCUGUAACAAGUACUACUACAGCUACAUCAGAGAAUUCGUUUCAAAACAGCAGUCAAUUAACCUGACUAUAAAUUUAAUCUGAGCCCUAAUUUUGUAUCAUCAUAAAGUGGGAGGAAGAUCCAGCCAGCACAGACUAAAAAUGUCUAAUCUAGUCUGGCAGCCUGGGAAUCAGCUGAAAUCCCUUCAUCGGCUGCAGCCGGCAGGGGUUGGAGCCAGGGUAGGAAGAGCCACACUGUCACCUGGCUACCUAGCAGGACAGGUCUGUGUGAGCACUGCUGGCAUACUAAGCAGGGACUAGAAUAUCCACCCAUGUCUUAAUGUCUGUUAAUGCUUUAAUGAUAAAGCAAACCAAGCUAAAAGCCUACAUUUGCAUGAAACUGUCAGGCACACCUGAACUGCAUCUUUUAAUGCUUUCACAUCAUCUCUUUUUGGUAAUUUCUUAAGGAGUUAAGACCUGUGCCACUGCUGCAAACUAAAAUAAAAACAUACUCAGGGUGAAAAAAAAGGAUAGACUUGCCUCCUGCCUUUACGGGCCACAUUUAGUUCCAUUACUGUUUCUAUCCGUAUUCUUACUGUACAAAGCUCAGUGCAAUGCUCACUGCUGGGACCUAGAUUUUAAUAGAAAAAGUGAUUCUGAAAGCUUUUAUUAGGUUGAUGCAAAAAUAUUUUGAGGAUCAAAUUUUAAAAAAAGAAAAAAAGUAAAUUCUCUAGAAUAGCUUAAAGCUUCUAUUUAACAGAAAUCUGGAAAAAAAACCCCACCAAAACUCAUGGAAGUAUAUGUAUAGAGAGAAAGGGAGAAAAGGAGUGAAAUGAACAUAUUUUGCUGUAAUGUUUCUAUUUAUUAACUUUAAUAAUUAAUAAGUUCUUGUUUCACUUUGUCAGUUCCCACCUUGUUUCAGGUUUUUAAUGGCAAUAGAGCUCAUAUGAACUAGAUACAGCAUAUCACCAAUAUUUUCUAGGAGGUAAAUAUUGCAUUGGAUAGAACUGAAGAAAGUAAUGGUAUUCCCUGUAUCUCCUUGUUCAAUCAUUAAUUCUUUAUAUUAAAAAAGUCUUUCAAUACUAUGUCAAAUUCAACAAUAUUUGAACAUUGUUAUGAUAUAGUAAAAUGUUGCUGAACAAAUCUUCUCUUCUUUCACUACUUUGUGUGGUGGUAUACUGAUUUGUAAACUUGCAUAAAUUUUGGAAUUAAAAAAAUACUGUGUUUUGGAUUA